GAAUUAUUAUUCAAUUUAACUUGCCCGAACAACGUCGUCGUUUCCAUCCAUCAGCCUCGUGCUCUUGCCACAAUCUUCCGAACACAACUAAGCUUUGCAGAGGGCUCCAAACAUGUCGACAGAAUCAUCUUUCCUCUCUCAGUUUACUGUCAAAAGCCACUGUAGUUGUUCCUUGAACCAAUCUGGAACGAAGAGACCGGCAUGGGCACGCCCCAAAUUAGUUAAUUUGCAGAGAGGUCCUUCUAGAAGUGAAAAUUUAUCAACAAGGGCAUGCUUUAGAGCUGCAGUUGGUGAUAAAGACGGUGUGAUCAUUGUUGACCAUGGUUCGCGUCGUAGAGAAUCCAACCUCAUGCUAAAUGAAUUUGUAGUCAUGUUUAGAGGCAAAACUGGGUAUCCAAUUGUAGAGCCUGCACAUAUGGAGUUGGCAGAGCCAUCAAUAAAAGAUGCAUUUGGCUUGUGUGUUCAACAAGGAGCAAGUCGGGUGGUUGUGAGCCCAUUUUUUCUCUUUCCUGGACGACAUUGGCACAAGGAUAUACCUUCCUUGACUGCUGAAGCUGCAAAGGAGCACCCAGGUGUUUCAUAUAUGGUUACUGCACCUCUUGGUUUGCAUGAGCUACUAGUGGAUGUUGUGAAUGACAGACUGAAUCAUUGCUUAAGCCAUGUAGCAGGGGAUGCAGAUGAGUGUGCAGCUUGUGCCGGUACAAACAAGUGCAGGCUCUAUGGAGUUGGCUCUUAGACAGUGAAGCUGAAUAAAAAAUAUGGUGACUAGAGUCUUAAGAGUGUUGACAUUGAGUGUAAUAAUUUGAAUGUAUUCACUUAAUCUCAUGUCAUCUUGAUCUUCCUCCUCAGCAUGUCACAUUCAAAUGGCCAGCAGACACUGUUUAAGGAACUUUUGGUGCCUUUUGCUUCCCCUACCUAACGCUGAAAAAUCUGGGCACCUUGAAAAAUUAGUGUAGCAUUUUUCUUGCAUAUACAGUGAUCCCAGUCUAAGCUAACCAAGAGAGAACUAAUCUGGAAGCCUCAAUUGCUAAUUUUGGCGGCCAGCAGUUGGUUAAUGGAGGUGUGAUGGCUGAUCCUCUGGAAAACAUUUUACUUUUGGAUAUCUAUCCUUAUUACCUUCCUUUUUGUACUGAAAUCCUGUGUAAUCUGCUUCUCUGACUUCUAUUUUUAUUGUACUGUUAAAAAAAAUUGUUUGAUUUAAUGUUACAUAAAUUUGUAUUUGUAUUGUUA